AUGGCACCUCAUCACAAGGGCCACGCCCGGCCCGGACACGGCGACGACGGCUCCUCCGACGAAGACGAUGGGAUCCAGUUCGUCGAAGCCCGAUUGGCGAACGGCGGUUUCUCGCGCGCGAAGCGGGAACCCGGGGUCGUGGACACGUUCGAUGAUCUGUUCGGGGAUGGGGAUGAUGGGGACUUUGAGCCAAAGAGUAAGGGAGGCGGAAUAUGGAAGGGGAAGGGGAAAGCCAAGGUGAAGGCUAGACCGUCGCUCAAGGCGAGGGGGAGCGAAGUGAGGGAUAAGGCCAAAAUCAAACCGGUGUCCAAGGCGGAAUCGUCCUCUAGCGCAGCGGCAGCUUCAGCGACGGCGGCAUCCGUAUCGUACCCUACGCCGACAAUGAAGCCCAAAUCCAGACUCAAGGUCGCUACGAAACUACCGGCAUCAUCGCCGGCCCCUCCGAGCUCCAGCUCCAACUUGCUCAGGGUGAACAACAACAUCCCGCUCUUUGAGCCAGGACCGUCCGAUUCGGAGGUGGAUCAGGGUAUGGAGGAAGGCGAGUCAGAGAUGGAUGACUUUGCUCAGGAGGUAGCAAGUGAAGAGGAGGAAGAGGUGGUGGAGGUGAGACCGAAGGCGAAGAAGAGGGGACAAGGGAUGUUAUGCGUGGAGAUGCCUUGGUUCCCGUGGGAGGUGCUGGAUCAGUAUAAGCUCUGGGAGCCGAGGGGUCCAGAGGGGGCGAGGGAGGAGGACGAGGAGGAGAUGGAGGCGGACGAGCCGUCAGCCGAGCUGGUGGAGCCGGCAUCAGACGAAAGGUCGGAGGUCGCAGCAGUGGAGGCGGGUGAGGAGGCGGCAGAUGUGCGAAUGGACCAGGAGGUGGCAGACGAGCCAGACCAGGAGGUGCCAGAGGACGAGGUGUCCACAGCGCCGGGCUCGGGCUCGGGCUCUCCGGAAGUGAGGGAGGCGCAGUUCCUAUCGGCGCUGGCGCGGGAAUUCGAAUCGAAACAGGCCAAGGCGGCGACGGCUUCAUCGGUGGGAGUGGAUGAAGGUCCACCGUACGAGGCGGACGCUCGAAAGUCAGACCUGCCGCAGGCGUCAAGCGACAACGACGAGAUGGACCUCGGGGACCUCAACGAGGAUGACAUUGACGCUCAUAUGCCACCUUUCCAAAACGACCUCGUCGAACCGGAACUCAUACCCCUCGCUUCUUCCCCUCCCCGUAUUCUCUCUCCCUCCACAUCACAAGCAGCUACAUCCCCGCUCAAACCUACCCAUCGACAUGACCCGGACGACUCGACCUCCUCCAUCGACCCGAUCGCGCAGGACUGGCAGUCCGCCGCUGCGCCCAGCGAGGCCCACUAUCCCGCUGACGCGGAGGAGGUCGCGUCGGAGUACGACGAGGAUAUGAUCGAGGAGGAUGAGGCGGCGGAUGAUGAGGACGAGAGCGAAUACGAAAAGGAGGAUGGCGUGCCACUUCAGACGCGGCAGAAUGCGCGGACAACGGAGGAGCGACGGGAGGCCUCAAAGAUCUCUCUCAAAUUGCGCUUGAGAGGGAAUGAACCGACGAGUGGUAAUCUUACUGUCAGUACUCGCAAUACCUCACGCUCAUCCCUCAAUCCAUCCGAGGUGUCCGAGUCCUCCAUCAGCACCAGGAUGACCCGCUCCGCUGUCCCACAGAAGCGCAAGCACGGGCAAGUCUCGAACGGCGAUAGCGAACCCGGCUCGUCCUCUAGCCCCGCGGUCGACAAUGAGGGCGAGGACGAGCUGGAUGAGCUGGACCAGAUCGACGCGGACGAAAUCGGGUCGGACGACUUCCAGAUUGAACCGGAGGGGAGACAGCCAAAGAAGGGCGGGAAAGGCCGUGCGUCUCAAAAUGCUAGGGGAGGCGGAAGGAGACAGCGGAAAGAGACGACUGAAGAGGAAGAGAGCGAGGAAGAGGAGGAAGAGGAGGAUAUCCUAGGGAGGCACAAGGAGUUUUGCGAAAAGUGUAAACUCGGCCCGGCGGAUGAGCUGCUCGCUGCGGCACUGAAGAAGAAUAAGAAGGGAGGGAGGAGGAAGAAGAGGCAUGAGGAUGAAGUGAGCGAGGAUGAAGCGGCGGAGAUGUUGGAGGGGUGGCUGGAGUGCGAAUCAUGCGUUACGUCUUGGCAUUGGGUCGGUUGGCCUCUUCGGGUACUGCGGGGCUCAGAAGCUGAUGUAAAGGGCUGUCUCGGUGCGCUCCAACAGGCCGACGCGCUUCAGUACCUCGCCGCGAUCGAAGGUCCGCCCGUCGAGGGGACGAAGAAGCGCAAAACGGUCCGGAUCGACGAGUCGGUCAUGUUCAAAUGUCGGAAAUGUCUCAAGAUGCCCAACUGCAUGAUAUGCCAGCAGGCAGAUCUGCCGCGCGAGGAAGUCGUCGGCGCGGACGGCGAUAUUGUCAUGGGUAACGGGGAGAAUCCGUCGACACCGACACCGGCGGGGCCUUCGGUCGUCGGCCCGGAUCUUCAGAACGGGGUGGAAGCGCCAGUGGAACAGCAUCUUAAGUUUAGAUGUACCCGGUGUACCCAGUCUGCGCAUUAUGAACAUUUACCGAGCCCUUUCAUCACAGGCCCAGGUAUCGAACCUACCCUGCCCCAGAUUGCCGAGUAUUAUCAACAUCCAGAGGCUCGACAUCUGGAGGUUUGGACUUGUCAUCAGUGCCGAGAUUGGGUGUGGAAGGUCGACAUGGUACUUGCGUGGCGCCCUCUUCCGGCCGACGUCAAGGAGGCGGAUCUCGGUGGGCAGUCACUCUGGACGGCGGACCUUCCCAGGGAGUAUCUGGUCAAGUUUGUCGAUCGUGGCUUUAGGCAUGUCACCUGGGUCCCUCACGCUUGGAUUAAAUCCAUGUCCCCUCAACGUCUCAAGAACUUCCUCGAGAAAGGCCCGGUCCUAAAUGUCGUUACGGACGACACGCUCGCUGCCAAGGGGGACGAGAUGGCUACUCCGACAAUCGCCAAUGUGAUGAGCCAGUCGCAGCAGGAGGAAGAGAUCUUGGGGACGCCAGUCAAGCGGAGGGGACACCAUCAUUCUGGUUCUUUGGAUGUCGGCUAUAAGAAGAAAGAGGUGUGGAGAGGGGAAGGACCGCCCCCUGAUCAGAAUGCCGAGAGUGGACUUCCUGUUGCCUGGAGUACCAUCGAUAGGGUGCUGGACAUCUACCUCUUACCGCCACCGCCAAGGAAGAAGAAGGGCCGAGGCAAGAAGGCGAAAACGUCCCGGAUCGAGUCUGACUCGGAAGCGGACAUGCCGACCUUCCAAGGGAUGGACGGUGUGGAACCCAUCAUGGAGGAGAAGGUGUCGAUCGACGAGUGGGAACGACUAGCGGGUCGGCAGCUUGAGCCGGACGAUACGGACAUGAUCGCUGGGAUGGUGACUUGGUUGUUCGCCAAGUGGGACGAUCUGCAGUAUGAUCAGUGUCCUCUGCGAGACAUGGCUGAUCCUCUAGCGACGUGGGAUACGCCCCCUCCGCUCACAUCUGAGCUGUACCCAGCGUACAAGCGCGCACUGCGGAGAUACCUCGGCGCCAGAAACAUCAGCAUUCCGAUCCUGACCGAGACGCAGUGCAAGAAGCGGGAUCUGGUUCGGCUGCAGGACGUCGACCCGCCCAAGUCUCAGCCAGAUUGUGUGGUCGGAGGCAACCUGUUCCCCUUCCAGCUCGAGGGACUUCAGUGGUUAUUGACCAAGUAUUACAAGCGGGACUCUGCGAUUCUAGCGGAUGAUAUGGGUCUCGGCAAGACUGUCCAAAUCGCCUCCCUUCUUGGCUAUCUCGGAUCUGAGGAAAUCUUCCCGUGUCUCGUCGUGGUCCCAAAUUCGACCAUCACGAACUGGGUGCGCGAGUUUGAGAAAUGGGUACCGCAUAUGCGGGUAGUACCUUACUACGGCGAAGCUAGCUCCCGGAAGGUCAUCAGAGAUUACGAGCUGUAUCAUAAGGGUAGAGUCGGUCGCCCGGAGGGACUCAAAGCCGCAGCUCACCCCUGUAGACAUAUCGUCUUGACCACGUACGACAUGAUUGUUAGCAGCAAAGAGUUCAACAUCUUCAAAGCUAUCCCUCGAUGGGAGGUGCUUUGCGUGGAUGAGGGUCAACGGCUCAAAUCAGACAGCUCGCUCAUCUUCUCGAACCUCAAAAAGCUCAACUCGGUCCACCGUCUUCUCUUGACUGGUACCCCGCUCAACAACAAUAUCCGGGAACUCUUCAACUUGCUCAACUUCCUGGAUCCAAACAAUUUCAAAGAUCGAAAUGAUCUGGAGAAGAAGUUUGAGCAGGACAAGCUGAAUGAGGAUCUGGUCAGGGAGUUGCAUGCGCUUGCCCAGCCUUAUAUCCUCCGGCGGAUCAAGGAUGAUGUGUUGAGGCUUCCACCCAAGGUGGAGAUCAUCGUGCCUAUCUCCUUGACCAAGAUGCAAGUCGAAGUCUAUAAGCUCAUCCUCGAGACGAACGCGGAACGUAUCCAGAGCGCGAUGGCGGAACGCAAGAAGCGGGCCUUGCGGGAAGGGAGACUGCAGCCGAAGAUCACGGGAGGGGAGGUCGUGGUGACGGAGGCGGCCAAGGAGGUUGUGGAGGCUGUUGGGAAGGAGGAUGGGGGUAUGACGGAAGCUGUAGUGCCAGAGAAUGGGGCUGGGGAGUCUGUGAUAGUAGCGGCGACUGCAGCGGAGGCCAUGGGUCAGGAGAUGGUCCAGCCGCUGGCAUCGGGGGCGGAUGGCGUUCAGGCGGGGUAG